AGGCUCCGCCCCCUGUCUUGGAGCCGAGACAGUCGGGCUGCUGAAACUCCGGCCAAUCAGAAGGGAGGCUCCUGGAUGGCAUGAAGAGCCAAUGUGGCUGUAAGUGGAGGAUGAUGAAGAGCUAAAAGGGCAAGGAGGCCAGGGAAGGAGACUCACAGGAAGCUUUCCUUGACAAGUGCAUCCCGCACUCACUUCUUUUCUGCUUCCCACCUCUCCACUGUCCCCCAUGCUACUGGGGGCUGGGACAUCCCUGUAAGUGAUGGAACACAGCUGAGAGGUCUGACAAGAUGUACCAGGUCCCACUGCCGCUGGACCGGGAUGGGACCCUGGUCCGGCUCCGCUUCACCCUGGUGGCCCUGGUCACGGUCUGCUGUCCACUUGUCGCCUUCCUCUUCUGCAUCCUCUGGUCCCUGCUCUUCCACUUCAAGGAGACUACGGCCACACACUGUGGGGAUGUUCUCUGCGGCCUCACAGCCCUUGGACCCAGAUGGGACUGUGUUCCGGCUCCGCUUCACGGCCGUGAUCUGGUGGAUCGUCACUUUCCCCAUGUUCGGCUUCUUCUUCUGCAUCAUCUGGUCUCUGGUGUUCCACUUUGAGUACACGGUGGCCACUGACUGUGGGGUGCCCAAUUAUCUGCCCUCGGUGAGCUCGGCCAUCGGUGGGGAGGUGCCCCAGCGCUACGUGUGGCGCUUCUGCAUCGGCCUGCACUCGGCGCCUCGCUUCCUGGUGGCCUUUGCCUACUGGAACCACUACCUCAGCUGCGCGUCCCCGUGUCCUGGCUACCGCCCGCUCUGUCGCCUCAACUUCGGCCUCAACGUGGUGGAGAACCUGGCGCUGCUUGUGCUCACCUACGUCUCCUCUUCCGAGGACUUCACCAUCCAUGAAAAUGCUUUCAUUGUGUUCAUCGCCUCAUCCCUCGGUCACAUGCUCCUCACCUGCAUUCUCUGGCGGCUGACCAAGAAGCACACAGUAAGUCAGGAGGACCGCAAGUCCUACAACUGGAAACAGCGGCUUUUCAUCAUCAACUUCAUCUCCUUCUUCACGGCGUUGGCUGUCUACUUUCGGCACAACAUGUAUUGUGAGGCUGGAGUGUACACCAUUUUUGCCAUCCUGGAAUACACUGUCGUCCUAACCAACAUGGCGUUCCACAUGACGGCCUGGUGGGACUUCGGGAACAAGGAGCUGCUCAUUACCUCCCAGCCUGAGGAAAAGCGAUUCUAAACCCUUUCUCUUCUGCUAGGAAGGAGGCGGUCUACUGCCCAGAAACUAGAAACAAGACACUACACUCUGGCCUUCCCUGCCCUGUGUCCUCUGUGGGCCAUGCUAAUUGGGGGAAGGGGGAGAAGAAAGGAGGAAGGGCACAGGACAGGGCUUCAGGCAGCCCUGCUGGCUUCUCCUUUCCCUCACCCCGUCUGAAGGCACAGGAACCUUCAAGCAGCAUCACCCUUAUCUGAGAGGCCCCAAGAGGCUGAGCUGACAGGAGAGCUCCACCAUCUGGUGCUAAAAAAAGUCGAGGUUCAUAACCACCGAAUCGGUUCUUGGCCUUUACAUAGCCACCUCUUGCUGAGGUCAGGGACCACUGAACAGUGGCUGCUACCUGAAAACCACAGCCAUCUCUCACCACCGGGUCAUUUGCUUGACUCAUGUGUCUACUCAUGUCCUGUGCAUACCCAGGCCUAGGGCCACCAUCCUGUGCUAACUUUGCUCAGGUGUUCUAGCCCUGACUUCACCUCCAACUUAGAGUGUAUGCUUCCCUAGUUAAGCCUCAGCGUGUCCGUGUGGGUGAUGGCAGGGGAGGAGGGCUGUAGGAUUUGCAUGGGCUCUGCCAGUGGUUCUGAAACUACUUUGUGGAGGUGGUGUUCUGUACCUGAAGGGCAACCUGCUCCAGAAGGAGUGCUGGCACAGCACAUAUUUCCCUCCCUUCUGAAAUCUCUGGCUUACACUCUUCCUCCUUGGCAAAGGUGUUAAGGUGGAGUCAGAGGCAGAUUCCUGCCCCCAAAUGGGCUCUCUGGUGUCCCCUAUCCUCCCUACUGCCCCAUGCCCUGACCUCUUUGGAUUGUACAUUUUAUUUCAAAUAAAAUUCUUUUUGUUUUUGUUUUUUCCCCCAAAA